CAAAAGGCUAAUAAGAGACUAAAAGAGCAAAUCGGAAGUUUUGAAGCUGACGACGACGACGAUGCUCUCCAUCUCUCCGGUGCCGAGCUUCUCCUUAACCUCCGUGAAAUCUCUCCGCUUCUCCUUCUUCCCUAAAGUCUCAAAAUUCAUCACCGCAACUUCCCAAACCCCAAAUUCAACGCCGGAGACCAUCACAAGAGUCAACAACUCCGGCCUCAAACUCAACGAAACAGUCGAAGUCACCAAAGGAAAGCUCCGUCUCGACUCAUGGAUCUCCUCACGCGUCCACGGCGUCAGCCGAGCUCGCGUACAGUCCAGCAUCCGUCAAGGCCUCGUCUCCGUCAAUGGCCAAGUCAUCGACAAGGUUUCACACAAUGUAAAAGCUGGCGAUGAGGUUUAUUGUAUGAUAUCAAAGCUUCAACCUUUGAGAGCUGAAGCUGAAGACAUACCGUUAGAUAUAGUUUACGAGGAUCAACAUGUUCUUGUUGUUAAUAAACCACCUCACAUGGUUGUUCAUCCUGCUCCUGGGAAUCCUAGUGGGACGCUUGUUAAUGGUAUACUUCAUCAUUGUAGUCUCCCUUGUGUUGCUGCUUAUUCGGAUGAAGAAGAAGAAACGUUUUCAGAUGAUGAAGAGAUGAGUUCUGUUAGGCCAGGGAUUGUUCAUAGGUUGGAUAAAGGGACUAGUGGGUUGCUUGUUGUAGCUAAGGAUGAGUAUUCUCAUGCUCAUUUGGCGGAACAGUUUAAGUUGCAUACGAUUGAGAGGGUUUAUAUAAGUCUUACCUGUGGAGUUCCUUCUCCGUCUCAGGGGAGGAUUGAUGUACCAAUUGGUCGUGAUUCGAAUAAUAGGAUCCGUAUGGCUGCUAUACCUGGAUCAUUAAGUCGUGGUAGGGCUCGUCAUGCUGCUAGUAGGUAUAAGGUAAUUGAAACACUCGCUGGAGGCGGCUCUGCUUUGGUUGAGUGGAGACUAGAAACUGGCCGUACCCAUCAGAUACGUGCUCAUGCCAAGUAUAUGGGAGUACCUCUACUGGGUGAUGAAGUGUAUGGAGGAACGAAAAGCAUGGCGCUAUCUCUUCUGCAGAAAAGAGUCUCCCGCAGUGAUCAAGAAGAGAUCAUAAACCUUGUUUCCAGAAUGGAUAGGCCUUGCCUUCAUGCUAUAGUCCUCGGCUUUGAACAUCCAUGCACCGGAGAAACCAUAAAGUUUUCAUGUCCACCGCCUCCUGAUCUUGCAGAGAUAGUAGGCCUUCUUCGUAGAAGCGGCAGACAAAAGGUGGAAUAAUCUCUCGAUUUUGGUUAAUAACUCAUAGUCACGGCCAUUGAUUCUGCUGAGCAUGUGAGAUAUCAUCGAACGCCACUAUCAUAUCCUUGCAAACAACAAGCAAUUAAACGUCUCUCUGAAGAUCUUUGACGUAACAAAAAGAGUAGUCUCAGUUUCAUGAUCAAAGCCGUGUUUAUAGUAAGAGUUAAGGGUUGUAUAAGCUCAAAUGAGAAGGAACCAAAAACAUCUACGUGUACUUUCAAAAAUAUUCAAAACCCAACAAAAAAACAACAGCAGCUAAGCUUAUAAACACCUUCUCUUUCGCCUCCUUCCUUCUCGCCACACACAAUGUACAAUAAAAGAUAACAGAGGCACAAACGGAGAAUAAUGAUUGAUCAGUAGCCUGC